AUGGCAUUAGGAAGUGAAAAAUCGGAUACACCAAUGGAAAAUGGAGAAAAUUAUGAUUUGAGUGAGGAUUAUAUAACUGAUGAUGAAGGUGAUGAAGCCUUUAUUAAUGAAGAAGAUAUUGAAGAAGUAGCAGGAGAAUAUGGUGAAGAUGAUGCACCACCAAGUGAUGAAGAAGAUAAUGAAGGAGAAGAAUGGGUAGAUGAUGAUGGAAUGGAAGAUGAAAGACCACUCCGAAAUGUACCAGAUCAUUCUAAUGCUUCAUUCAAUGAACAUACAGAUGCAAUUUAUUCAAUUAGUGUUAUUAAUGAUGGAAAUGAUAAAUUUAUUUGUGCUACUUCAUCAGGAGAUGAUUCUGCAUAUUUGUGGACUUUUGAUACAACAACAAUGACAACAAGUCCAAUUGCAAAACUUGCUGGACAUACUGAUACAGUUUUACAAUCAAAAUUCAAUUUUGAUAAGACAAUUUUAGCAACUGCUGCUAUGGAUGGAACUGUUAAACUUUGGAAUGCCAAGUCAGGUGCUUUUAUUUCUUCAUUAGAAGGUCCAGGUGAUAGUAUUGAAUGGAUUGAUUGGCAUCCAAGAGGUAAUAUUAUCAUUGGUGGUUCACAAGAUGCUACUACAUGGAUGUGGAAUACUCAAAAAGAAGUUUGUUUGAAUGUAUUUUCUGGUCACUCUGAAAGUGUUACAAAUGGUUGUUUCACAACUGAUGGAAAAUUAAUGGUAACUGCUUCUGAUGAUGCUACUGUUAAAAUUUGGAAUCCAAAAACUGCUGAAUGUAUUGUCAAUUACUCUGCUCAUGAAAAGAAUAUCAAAUCAUUCUGUGAAGAACCAAUUACAUCUUUGAAAUGUAGUACUCUUAAUCCUUCAGUAUUUUUAUGUGGUUCUUUGGAUGGUUCUAUUGCACUUUGUCAAUUGGAACAACAAAGAGUUAUUAGCCAUCUUAAAAACAAACAUGCUCAUACAAAUUCAGUUGAAGAAGUUUUAUUCCAUCCAGAAAAUCAAAGUUUACUUGUUUCUUGUGGUAUGGAUGGUCAAAUUGUUGUAUGGGAUACUAAUGCUGGAUCAGCUCGUCUAGUUUUAAAGAAUUAUCCAAUAAUAGAAAAUCCAGAACUCGGAUCAAGCAGUAGCAGUGAUUUGAACUUUGAUACAAAUGGUACUCUUACUGGUGUUACACGUGCCUUCUUUGAUUCUACUCAAUCAUACAUUAUUUAUUCAGGUGAUAUUUUAGGUAAUAUUCUCAGUUGGGAUAUCAGAACUGGAAAAGUUUUGAAAUUAUAUCAAGGACAUGCUGAUGUUGUUUCUGAUUUAUCUCAAUCAUCAAAGUAUAUCUUUUCAACUUCAGAAGACAAGAGAGCACUCAUUUUCAAUAAAUAA